AUGGUUUGCGAUAAGUGUGAAAAAAAGUUAGAUAAAUUAGCCACUCCAGAUACUUGGAAAGAUGGAGCUAAAAGUGAAGGAAAAUAAGGAGGUAGAAAAAUAGGUUAAAAUAUGCUAUUAAGUUCUAAAGCUAAAGUAGGAUUUGAUCCUUUUGGUAAUAAAUGCAAAUCAUGCAAAUAAAAAGUUCCAAAAACAGAUUAGUAUUGCCAAGGCUGUGCAUAUAAAAAAGGUUUAUGUAAAAUGUGUGGCGUUAAAGUACUUGAUACCAAAUUUUAUAGACAAAGCAAUGUAUGA